CCCGACGUGGUGGUGAAUUGUGCAGCCGUGUCCGUGCCAAGGCAGUGCGAGGGCAACCCUGCCCUGGCCAUGCACAUCAACGUACCCUCCGCGCUCAUUGCUGCUCUGUCCGACGCUUCUGGGAAGCCAGCACCAGGCAGCAGUGCAACGGGGGAUGGGAAUGGGACUGGCGAUGGGAGUAAGGAGGGAGGGGAGGGGUUGGAGAGGGAUAGGGAGCAGCAGCGCCUGCCCCUGCUGAUUCACCUCUCCACGGACCAAGUCUACGAGGGCACCAAGUCGUUUUACAAGGAGGAUGAUCCACUGCUGCCAGUGAACACGUACGGGCGGAGCAAGGUGAUGGGGGAGCAGGCUGUGCGCGGGCAGUGGUCAGGCAGCCACGCCAUUUUGCGCAGCAGCAUCAUCGUGGGGCCGCCUCCUCCCGUGCCUCUGAAAAAGACCCUGCCGCUGCAGUGGAUGGAUGGAGCACUGCACUCUGCGUUGGCAUCGGGCCAACCAGAGUCCUUCUUUGACGACGAGUACCGCUGCCCGGUCUACAUUCACGACUACCCCCGCAUUGUUCGGGCACUCAUGCAUCGACACGCCCAAGGCGAGCGCGUGGCCCUAACGUUGAACGUGGGAGGGCCAAACCGCCUGUCCAGAGCAGACAUGGCAGCAGUGGUGGCCCGGGUCAGAGGGUACCUCGUCCCUACCUCCACCUCCACUGCUGCUCAUGUUGCUGCUGAUGCUGCAUAUUCCGCCGCUGCUGCUGCCGGCACUGCUGGUUCUGCUGGUUCUGCUGGUACAGCCGCCAGUGGCAAUGAUGAUAAUGCUAGGACAUGUGUGAGCAGGGAGCGCGAUCUCAUCACCAGAGUACCUGCGGCCUCCAUGGCGAACCGAGGAGUGGCGAGCCCAGCAGACAUCUCAAUGGAGACACAGCGCAUUCAGCGAGAGCUCUCGCUCUCCCUCACUCCCUUUGAACAAGCUGUGUGGCUCACCUUCGCUGCUGCGCAGUGA